UUUCUGAACGAAGCAUCACUAAGCCUUCGCUGCUUGCUUCCUAGUGGAAUUGAAGUGUGGAUUUAAAGUCGUCAGGUGUUGCUGUAACUAUGUCGACACUAAAGAGAGUUAUAUGGCCUCAAAUUAUUCUGUUCGGCGACUCAAUAACACAGUUUGCGAAUCAAGCGAACGGAUGGGGAUCCGAAAUCUCUAAUAAACUCGCCAGAAAAUGCGACGUAGUAAACAGAGGCUUGUCGGGUUAUAACACAAGGUGGGCUAAGAUUGUGCUUCCUCGCCUUGUGCCCAUUUCUGAUGCCCCUAUUACGGCGGUGACCGUCUUCUUCGGCGCUAAUGAUUGUGCAUUGGAAGACAAGAACCCCGCGCAGCACGUGCCUCUUCAGGAGUUCACGGAGAAUUUAAAAGACAUUGUCAAAUAUCUGGUGUCUAUAGGAGUGUCUAAUGACAAGAUCAUCUUCAUCACACCACCACCACUUCAAGAAGCCGCCUGGGAGAAAGAGUGCUUGGUAAAAGGUUCAGCUUUGAAUCGGUUAAACUCCGUGGCUGGUCAGUAUGCACAGGCCUGCGUUCAGGCUGCUGGACAGUCUGGUGUGGAUGUUCUGGAUCUCUGGACACUCAUGCAGAAAGAUGGACAGGAUUUCUCAGUAUAUCUUUCGGACGGACUUCAUCUCUCGGAUAAAGGCAAUCAGUUUGUGGCAGAGCAUUUAUGGACACUUCUUGAGAGGCGAGUGACUGAUCUGCCCUUCAUUCUACCUUACUGGGGGGAUGUGGACCCAAAAUGCCCUGAGAGCAGCCUAUUGUGUGAUUAAAACACAGGACGAAUGAUGCACAACGGGUUUGAAACAGCGUAUGAGAUCCUGAGGUUUAUAUUUUUGGAUACGCUAAUCAUAAAGUCACAACUGUUGCUUGGACUGAAAUGAGUCAUAUUUGUAAACAGGAGGUGUUUUGAAUUACUCAAGUUAAAUAAGAUGUCACAGAUAAUGUUUGAUGUUCUGCCCAAAAUAUUCAGAUUUCUGAACUAAUUAAAUUAAGGCCAGUUGAUUUAUUGA